CGUCCCUGGUUCGCUAUCCACUAUACCUAAGAAACCACCCCAUCUGACAACACCACCCGUCGCCUCCCUCUGCUGUUGAGCACAUUUAAGCAAAUAUCCAAACACUCCCCUUCUAUAUAAGGAAUCAGCUCUCUAUCUUUGUCGCUAUCUUUCUCUCCUCCGUGCUCGCAUCACUCUCCGUCUUGUCUGUGUUCUUUUCCGCCCUCCCCAUCGCGACGCGUCAUCGGCUCACCUACUCCCGUCCCUAUCGCCGUCCCCAUACGAAUCCCGCCGACGAACCCCGUGCCGCGUGUAUCUAGCACUGUGGUGAUCAUCCCGAACCCGUACAUAGACACAUACGUAGCAACGAUGGACCACUCGCAUAUGGACCAUUCGCACAUGGCUACCGCCGGUAUGGACCAUGGAAAUAUGGGCCGCGGCGACAUGUGCAAGAUGAGCAUGCUGUUCACCUGGGACACCACCAACCUGUGCAUCGUCUUCAGGCAGUGGCACAUCCGCGGCCCGGUGUCGCUCGUCCUGAGCCUGCUAGCCGUCGUCGCCAUCGGCGCCGGCUACGAGGCCCUGCGCGAGCUCAUCCGCCGCUACGACGCCUCCGCCGCCGCGAGCCUCGACGCCGUCGCACCCAACGAGCCAAGUACUGAGAGCACGACGUUGCUGCCGGCAGGACGAAACGGCCCGGCCGACCGGCGCACCCGCGUCGUCAAGUCCGUCCUCUACGCCAUCCAGAACUUCUACGCCUUCAUGAUCAUGCUGCUCUUUAUGACCUACAACGGCUCCGUCAUGCUCGCCGUCGCCGUCGGCGCCGGCCUCGGCUACUACUUCUUCGGCUCCCACACCAAGGCCGCCAAGGAGACCGCCUGCCACUGAAGCCGGCGCGGACGACGGAACGGGGCUGGAAGCGGGCGACCUGCCGAUUUAUCGUCUGCGGCACCACGGAGCAGGCGUCGGCAUGGCGUGACGGCAUCGUGUUCCUAGUUAGAUUCGAGUCGCGCAAUGGAAUCGCAAGUCGCAGACACACGCACAGCUUCCGCUCGGUUUGGGGCUUGGGCC